GCUGUUCCCGGUAGACCUGAGCUGACAUCGCAGGGAUACCACCACUGUCAAGGUGCUCCGUCUAUUGACUUUUUUAAAACUUCUUAGUGUGUUUUUAUUUCUCUUUAUCAUCCCAGACAUCACGUCUCCUGUAUUUGCCCUCUUUUUUCAGUUACAUUAACUGUUGAAGGAUUUUUUUAACGGGAGUACCGGAGGACUCCGUCAGUUGACUCGUCUGCAGAUGAAAUAAACGCUCAGACGCUCGAGGACAUCAUGAAUUUUACUCGGGAAUUUUGUGUCUUUUUAACCUGCACCGCCAUGAUAAUGGUACACUGCUGUAAAGCAGAUGACCCUCCUCCACCCACAGGGCUGUCAUAUCAGUGGCUCGACCCGUUUACAGUAAACGUGUCCUGGCAGAAGCCUGACGGUGUGCCGGAGGGCGAGGUCCUUUACAAAUACUACCUGAUGAAGAACGCAGAAGUGAAUUCUCCGGUGUGCACGAUCUGGACUAAUUUCACAGACAGCCUUCUCACAGAAGAGACCGGCUCUGACAGUUGGACGUAUCAAAUUUGGACUGUUAGAUCCUGUGACAAUUCGAAAAAGAGCUCACCUGCGUCUAUUAGCAUUCGUGCUCAUAAGCCAAGAGCUGAAUUGAAAGACUUCAAAUGUGUCAUCACCUCCCAUCACAUGAACUGCUCCUGGAGCCCUGGAAAUCAGCCUUUUAACCUCUCUUAUAGGAUGUGUGGACGCUCCGAGGAACAGAUGAAGAAUUUAACAGUGUGUGAUCAGCCUCACAGCAGCGGAACAAGGAGUGGCUGUUACCUUAAAUUUGAUGCUGUCAGUAAUGACGUCUGCAUGUGUGUGGACACCAGAGCUGGAAGGAGCACCUUGAAACCUAAGCUUGUUAUACAUUCACCAAAGCUGAGUGUCAGAGAAGAAGAAGAUUACCUCACACUGAGCUGGACAUAUCCAGAGUUUGGAGAACGAUGGUGCUGGAGAUACGAGGUCUGCCACAGGCAGUGCAAUAAACCUGUGGAAUGCAAGAACUUCACUUCAGAGGAAGAGUCCUUGAAGAUGGCUUAUGAUAGAAGGUGCCGUUACGAGUUUCGAUCCCGAGUCACAACUGCAGACUAUUGCAAAGACGUAUCCAGCGACUUUGGUGAUGUGGAAUCUUAUGGUACCAAUGAGCCUCCUGACCAGACGAUGACUGUGGUUUCCAUCGUCAUCCCGAUCAUUCUGUCUGUCUGCAUCAUUCUGUCCUGCUACUGCUUCAGGAGGUACAGCUCCAUUCUUUGCCCCAUCAUACCAGAUCCUUCUGCAAUCUUUAAGGAAAUGAUGAUGAACGGAAACAAAGAACUUAAGCCCCCAGGAAGUCUGUAUACGCCGGUGCCAGAGCCUGUUGAGUCCUGCAACAUUACUGUUCCGGAAAACAGUGUCCUCCAGUAAAACUCCUGACGUGUGCAUAGACACUGCAGUGCCUGCAGUUCAGCUGGACUUCAACACUGGGUGAAUUCAUCAGGAACAUUUACGGAGUAACUUGACACCAAGCUGGAACACUUUGUGCCACUGACCUCCUCUGUUGAAAAGUGUCAAGUCUGUUGUACCUCUUUGUGUUGCACCUUUACUGUACUGACCUGACUGUAUCAAUGUAGCCAGGGACAAACUUGAGCCACUAGAGGGCAGCAAAACACAAGAUUUAAGCUGCUACUUGCUCAGGUAGCGCUAAUACUCUGCUGAGGCCUGUCCCGCACAGGAUGAGGAAAUACACUGAAUCCUUGAAGCUACCUUUAAAAAAGCCUCCAGGCUGAGGGCCCGGAAAUACCAACGGACAAGAGAGUUGGUCAUGCCUGCACUGUGCUGAUAUCCUCCUGUUGAACACUGGGGAGGAAGACAAGGAUGAGGGCAGGCUGUGUGUGUUUUUGGAUAGACUCUAGCUGUAUUUACUGGGAACUGUCUUGCUUGUAAAGAGGAGCUACUCGUGGAAACCUACUGUAUCAACCUAAGAGAAGAAAAGAAAAAGAGGGGAAAUAAAAUAGGUGGAAUAAAAGAGGUGUUUGCAUCGGCACAGCAUGAGCCCUGUUUGUGUGACUGAUAAGCAAAUGCCAGUAUGACUGCCGUCAUAGCAACAAGACAAUGGGCAGGAAGCAAUAAGCUACGUGAAAAGCACAUACUUCUAGUGAUCCCUAAAAACGUUUUUAAACAGUUAAUCUGCCUCUUGAAAAAAUCGGACGGUGCGGUGUUAAGCAUUUCAACCUUUGCAUACACCUUGUACCUUUUUUUGGAAGGAGAACAUUGUGAGAGUAUUGUGUAGAUAUCUGAUAACAGAUCAGUAACACUGAUAACUUGGCAGUUUGUUGAUUUUGCGUAAUCCUAUGUCUGCUCACACGUACACACACACACACACACCUAAUCCAGAAAAUGCGACAUCACUAUUAGUCACACAGUCUUCCUUCCUGAAACUGAGAGAAGCUUUGUUUCUUUUUCCCUGUUAUUCAGUGGCAGUUGCUGACAGGACUUGUUGGGUAAUUGUUGGACAUUGUCACGACUUAGACAGAAAAUAAAGAAAGAGAAAGUGAAAAUG